UUUCUAAGUGGGUGUAAUCUGAGUUGUGACUGGUCAAGUUGUCUGUUCAUCUUACCUUCAGGGCCACAGAAAAGAUCCUGGCUCGAGCUCGACAACUGGUGGACGUUAAAAAGGAAGACGGCUUUUCUGCCCUUCAUCUGGCUGCUCUCAACAACCACAGAGACGUCGCCGAGGUCCUCAUCAAGGAGGGGCGCUGUGAUGUCAAUAUCCGCAACAACCGAAACCAGUCACCGCUGCAGCUGUCCGUCACUCAGGGCCACACGGACCUGGUGCAGCUGCUGGUGGACGAGGGCGCCGAUGUCAACAUGGAGGACGAGGACGGUGACACGGCGAUGCACGUGGCCCUGCUUCGCCCGCAGCUGGCCAACGUCAUGCUCUCCCCGUCAGCAGGGGGCAGCAGCACGGAGGAGGGCAGCGACGGCUGCUCGUCCACGUCGCUCUACUGCAGGCUGAAUGCCUCGGGUCUCCUGGGGAACACCGAGCUGAACGUCGCCAUGGCGAUUGCUUGUUUUCUGGCCCAGGAAGGUGCUGACAUCAGCUACGCCAACCACAAGGGCAAGAGUCCUCUGGACUUGGUGGGAGACAGCACCAUGAUGCAGCUCAUUAAGAACUUUUCUGAGAAGCACAGGUUGCAGCGCCUGCAGGCCAUCACGUGUGGGCAGGGCCUGAGCAGCGCGAGCCUGCGGCGGGUCCACACAACACCCAACACCAUGACCAACCUGGUUUUUCCCACACCGGCCGGUCCCAGUGAAUGCCUCAUCUGUUCUGAACUGGCUCUGCUGGUUCUGUUCUGCCCCUGCCAGCACAGCGUGGCCUGUGAAGAAUGUGCACAUCGCAUGAAGAAAUGCAUCAAAUGUCAGGUCACAAUAACCAAGAAAAUACGACAAGAUCAAACCGAGGUGGACUGCAGCCCCGGCACCGAGAACUCUGAGCAGCACAACCUGCUGGAGCAGCUGCAGUCCCGCUACAGGCAGAUGGAGGAGCGCAUCACCUGCCCCAUCUGCAUUGACAACCACAUCAAGCUGGUCUUCCAGUGUGGCCACGCCUCCUGCAUCGACUGCAGCGCCGCGCUCAAGACCUGCCCCAUCUGCAGGCAGACCAUCCGGGAGCGGAUCCAGCUGUUUGUCUGAGCUCCAGGUUUGUGUCCUCCUGGGUCCGCCGCCCCACUGAACCCAGAGACAGACCCCAGGAAGGGCUGCGGAGGUGCGCUGCUCUCAUGGCCCUCUCGUCUCUGGCUGCCGCACCUCACCGGCGGCGAUCAAACAUUCGUACAACUUUUUUUCUAAAGAGACGCUGCUGUAGAUCGCUCAGAGUUUGCUGUUACACUUUUGGUUCAUUUCCAUCUGGAACAGCCCAGGAACAUUGCUUUAAUUUAAAUUCCUGCUGCAGGACAGACUCUGAGCCAAGCCCGGGAGGAAGUGCACGAGGCAGAGUGGACGUGACGCCUCCCUCCGUUUCGAAUCCUCUUGAUUGAUAAAGGAGCGACUUGGGGGAAUGGGGGGGGUUUGUUUCCUCCUCGUAUUUCCUGUUGUACUUUGUCCGACCCUUUUGCUGCUUUAAGUGGAUGUCUGUUACCCAUCAUCCUCUGUGGUUUUCUGGUCUCUUUUGUUUACAUGUCUGCACAGAGGUCGGUUGUUGUCCUGGCGCUCCUUGUCCCGUGAAGUACAUCGCUCCCAUUUACAUCCAUCUCUUAAUUCUCAAAGUAACGCUCUGCAGAGAGAGGGUAUAGCUGAAAGCUCUCUAUGCAGACCCCAAAACACUUCUGUCUAUAUGCAAAGGGAGACAGACACUAUAUAUGCAUGAGUAUAUGCAUAUUAUCCAACUGAAAACAACUUGUUUUGUCACAGAUAAACUAGGGUUUUGUUUUACUCUAGGGUUACGCUUGUGGUUGCCAAUGUACCUUUGACUACAAAGUUUUAUUUAUGUGUGAAAGAUGUUUUGUCUUGUUUUUUUUGUUUUGUGUUUUGUUUCUACUGAGGUUUAACCCAAGCCUACGUCUGCUACUCAGGGUAUUGCAUCUUGGAAGCACUUGGAAUAUCCAUAAAUGUUUUAAGAGCCCUUUCCCAGACUCUCACACCAACACCAUUACAGCGCGUUGUAUCGAUUUGUUCUGGUGGAUCACCAAGAGGAAGAAAUGGGACAAAAACAAAUAGAUUUUGACAUUAAUGACUAAAAUAAACACAAAACGUGUCAUUUCUCAGUUGAAAUGUGGACUGUCGCGGAGCAGAUUCUGCGAAAAGACCUUAAUUUCCCAAAACAUACAAAAUGAAGAAGUGAGAAGGUGCAAACUCUUCCAAAUGAAAAAAAAAAAAAGGAUCCAAAUUUGGAUUAACAUGGAUUAUCUUUUCAGGCUAAAGCAUCUCAAGUUUUCUUUUCACAAAUCAAAAAAAUCAAAUCAAAUUUUGUUUGUAUAGCAGAUUUCAGCAGCAAGGCAUUUCAAAGUGCUUUACAUCAUAUCAGACAAAAAAACAUUGAAUCAACAAAUUAUACUAGAAAUCUCAUAUUGACACACAUUCUCUCUGGUUCACAAGAAAAUAGGCCUCACUAAUUAUGACAGUUGAAAUUAAUAUCAGUUCUUCACAUUUUAUUUAUUUCUGCUUCAUGCUUACGGUGAGUUUAGCUGAUCAUGAGUGCAGCUCUGGGGGUCUGCAGGCGGCCAGCAGCUGUCCCACACACCGUUAUUAGGCUAUUAGCAUUACGCUGCAUAAAUGUGAAACAUAGAGAAAGUUAUAUGUGCUUGUCCUGAGUUAUUUCACAAUCUGUUGACCUUAUUCAGCUCCAAAAAUAUAAAAGAUAUAAAAUACCGAGGAGGAACCUCAUGAGCUGUUACCCCGGCUGAUGGCCUCUGAUCAUGUUGUGAUGACUUUUGAUAGAGCGUCUUUUAUUGAUUUUAUUCAACAUUUUUAACAAAGAAAAGCUUUUUUUUAUAGAGAACAAAACACCUGUUUUGUCAUUUUUGGUGACAACGGUGCUGAUUAGGGCAACACAAUUUAUAGAAUGAAGGUUUUUAUUUCUGCUUUUUUUUUAUUUCUUUUUUUUUUAUCCAGGAGCAGUUUGAGUAGCUCUGCUCUUUUAGUGAAGAUGGGUCAGGUCAGUUUGGGGUCAUUUCUGCGUCUGACCGCUCAACUAUAUGCUUUGACAUACCUCUCCAAGUCUGUGAAUGUGAGCCACUUGGACCUUGCAGAUGAGCGAAUUUUUUUGUUGUUGUUUUUUUGUUGUUUUUUGAUGGUCGCCCAGCCAGCAGCACAGAUGACGACACGCCCGUCAUCAUCAGGCCUCAUGGUGAAACAGUCUAGACAGUAGGAAUUACUGCAGAUACAAUGAGUGCAGGCCCACUAGGAAAGUGGUUUGAAAUGCGUCAUAGCAUGCGUUUAGGGUUGUUUCCAUGUGGUCGGGUUGUCCAGGACGGGUGUUGGUGCCGGUUGUUGUCCAAACAUCCCCAAUCAAUACAAGAAGGUUCCACACAACUUUACGUCUGAUUGUGUUGGUCUGCUCCUUGUCACUGGAUUCCCCCUAUUUAAUGAGGGUCAUGCUUUGUUUUGUUUUUUUGGUAUGUUUUAGUUUUUAUCAGGUGUAUCGUGCAAUGUGUAAUCACACAUCUUGUCUUACCAGUGGAGUAUUUCAGAAGCAAGCCGCCCCGUUUUUUCCUCCUCUGGAGUUCUGGAUUGUACAUCAGCUUUGUCGUUUUAUUACUUUUUUUUUUUGUAUGUUGUGUUUUCUUUGAAGGGCUUAUGCAUAUAGGACAACAACAACAACAACAACAACAACAACAACAACAAAAAUCUAGUCUAAUUUUAAUUGAAUCCUUUUUCUUAUUUUUUUCUUUUUUAUCUGGAACUUCCAGAGACAGGAGGCGUUUUUAAAGUCCUCGGUGUCUCCCCGACGGUGGGAGAGACAAUGUUAAAGAUGUACAUGUGAAUGUUGGUAGGGGAGAUAAUGUAUCCUGUCUCACGCUGCCUUUUUUUUUUAUGUGUGAAGAAAAACAAAAAACGUCUAAAGAAAAAAAAAAAAAAGUUAGGAUAUCCUUGUGGUUUAUGAGGAGGAAAUGACUUUUACAUCAGUGCCAAAUCGCAUGAGGAUGUGCAUGAACAUGAACAUGAACAUGCACAUGCACGCCCGUUACUACACAGAUGCUCUCUUCUACCCCAGAACCCCCUCCACGUCAGACGGGGGGCAGAUUAUUCAAGCGGUGUGUUACAAAGCAUAGCGUCGGGUUCGACUCCGGAUCAGACGCAUUUCUUUCUCUCUCCCUGUUUGUGGUGUUAGCCUUCCAGCUUCAGCAGUCACACUCUGAACCUCUACGACAGAAGACGCUACUCUCAUUCCCAAAACGUGAUCCGUUCUGAGCUUUUUACAACUAUAUACUUAUAUAUAAUAUAUACAUAUAUAUAUAUUUAUAUUUACAUUAUCAAUCAAGGGACAUGUUUCUUAUAGAAGUUUCAGUAUUUAAAGAUUGUCCUUUGGUGUUCUGAGUUGAUGGGUUUACAGGUGAGGCAAUAAUGUUUAAGAGAAAAAAAAUGUGUGAAGCUGUUUUCAUUUCCUUUCCUCCUUUUUAAGGAGUCUUGCUGUGAGCACGGCGAAACGGUUUCUGUACAAAAGUUCUUAAUUAAAGCAGCAAAAUGUUACUGUCGGUGUUUGUACAGUUCGACUCUCGGAGUUCUGAUGUUGGCCUUACUGUCCAUUCCUCCUCCGUUGAUGUUUCUUUUUUCAGUUGAAUUCUGUACAAAAAUAUUUUGCAAUAAAUAUGGAACUGUUUUUUAAAA